AGGUGCAAAUGUUUUCUUGGGGAUUCCUUCUUGAAAGGGCGUUGACUUUUGAAAUUGACCUUUGCAGUCGGUUGGCUCGCGUACAAGGUUCAUCUUCUGACAGCAACAUGGACGCGGAAAAGGAUAGAUGGGGCGCGGCGCAUACUUCCGAGAUAAAAAUCGCUGGGCGGAUAAUUUUGAAUGUCUGGAGGCUCAUGAGACAUGAGGUAGGGCCUCAAAGGGAGACAAGAAUUAAAAGAUGUUCUUAAAUAGUUCUAACGGUAGUUAGGUGAUCAGAGGCAAUUGCAUCUCCGUCAGCGUCCUUACUAUAGGGACCUUGCGAAACUUUAACAGCGACGGCAACAGCAACGUCUAAAAAACAAUAGGUUCUAUGAGCAAAACAACAAUUCUGCUCGUGCAUCACUCUUUUUUGUACAUUUCUUGCCUUCCCGCACAACUACGACGUGAAAUGAUCAAAUUUUGAGUUGACUUGAGAAUGACAACGGCAGGGCGAUAAAUUUUACUUUCUCUCUCUGAACUCGAACGCGGUCCCUUCUCUUCGGUUCCAACCUAACUUCCCGAUUUUCAAGUAACUGGCUAACUUGAUAUAAAGACGAAAAGGUUUCUAAGGACGUGAAGUGUGUUUUUCAGCGACAUAUUUAUUGGCGUCGUCGUUGUCGGAUCGUGAGGUCCCUUUUCACCCUUCCGAAUAGGCCUUUCGUUACAUUGCGGAGAAUUGAAAAUUUGCAUGGUUGUGUUUGUGUUAGUGUUUAAAAUUUGUGUAUUUUAAUUUCUUAUCACUGCAACACAUCAAAUGAAAUGAGUGACAGAAGGAAGUUGAAAAGCCUUUAGGGCGAGAUUUUCUCAGUACUAAGUAGUACGCGCGUGUGAACCAGCAUCACUUUGGCGGGAAAACGCGAUACCCUUCGUCAUUCUACUACGAGUUUAAGCCAGAAUGUCGUUGCGACGGAAACAAGUUAUGUCAUUAUCAAGUGUUAGGAAAUUUUAACAUUUUGCGCUCGGAAGAGGGGUUUAAUAACCGCGCUAAAUUUUCUGGUGAAAAACGUACAAUAAAGCUUUCUGGGGUGUCGAUUUUUGAGAACACGCGAAAAAACUGCAAGUUAAAUCUCCUCCUCGAAUUUAAAGGUCUCAACUUGUCGGCAGUGCAAUGUACUGAGACUGAAAUCCAUACAGCAUAGCAGGAAUGGCUGUCCUGGUGUAGUUCAACUUUUCAAACUUGCUUGUAAAUAGCCAACAGGUUUACCUCUCCUAAAAGCUGGAAUACUUAACUCUGUGAAGUUUAUUUUGAUUAUUUGUUUUGGUUAUUUGCUCCGGCCGUUAGCCUUUGUGCUAUAAAAACUACGCACUUCUGUUUGUGCGAAACAAAAAUUUUGAAACAUUGAUUCUAUUCCACAGGUUACGCUGAGCAGCUACUCGUUCGAGAACAUAGCGUUUCACGUUCUUCACGAGCGCAUUCCUUUGUUUACAUUCCGCACUUUAUCGGAUUGGUGGGAUCACAGAACUGCUCUCAAUCGUUGGAGGACCAUCGAUCAUUACGUCAGGCGUUGCCUUGUCAGUGUUAAGAUACUAGAGGCGGUGGAUUUCAUUGGUCGCACCAGUGAGCUAGCAAGACUGUUUGGGAUAUUAUUCUUUUCUGUAAUAUCUCGUGGAUCGCAGGUAUUUGAGAUGUUAUUCUUUAAAACUCCAUGAAAUCAGUGUCUGAAAAAUAAGGUUUUUAUCACUUUUGGCAUACUCACUAAAGAAGCUCAGUAUAGACUGUUUCGCUUCUUUCGUGCUUAGCAAACCUUCUGGGUACAUCCUUAACUCAAAAGUACAGAGCUGCUGUGGCGUUGACUAUUUGUUAUGGUUUGUCAGGUAUUUGGGAUCUUUUUCGAAACUACGACGGCAACAGCAAUGGGAACGUCCUCCAAAUAAACAAACAAACAAACAAACAAGUAAAACAACAUCUCUACUCUUUACCCUUCUCAGUCAACUACGACGUAUAGUAACGAAAUUUUAGAUUUCUAUAGAAGGCGAAUGGCGAGGUAAUAAAGCUGAGCUCGGACGCGAUCGCUACUCUUCAAUGAGAUGAACCAGUUGAAAUAAUCGCGAUUGACGUUUUCGUUGGCGUCGCCGUUGUUGUAUUGUAAGGUUCCUUUUACUGUGCUGCGAUCAACUUUCAUAACUUCUUGUGUGUUGAUUUUAGUAGUUAUCCGUUUGUUAGAGCAGCAUAUAUUAAGUGAUUUUGAUAUCGAUUGCACUUAUUACAUCUUAAACGGAUUGUCUUAUUGCAAUUUAACAGCUGGCAGUUUCCUCGGAGUUUGUUUAAAUUUGUAGAUUGUUUCUCUUUUAGUAUCGUGUCGAGUCCAUGAUGUUGAGAAUUGCAAAGCCAAUGAACUAUAUCCCAGUUUCUCCGAGCGUGGAGCAGCGCGGAGCGUAAGUGUUUGACUGGAUGUUGUAGUAACACAGAAUUGAUUGAUUAGGUUUUGAUUAGCAAAACAAAACUUUACACAUGCAACACCCUUUUCUGUACAAUUAUUUGGUGAAACUGCCUUGAAACAGCGUGAAUUCACUUUUUAACGGGCGUUUUCGCCACCGUCCUCUUUGUCGUUGCUUAAACUCCCCAUUGACUUCAAAUACUCGCGGAUGCAAGUGUUAUCUAAGUAUCUUGAGGGAUGUCCUUAAUUCAUGUAUUUAUUGAACAAAAAAGGUUUUUGUUUGUUCGGCUUUCGAGCGCCAGCGUUGUGUUUUUAUUCUCUCAGAAUGCGAGCUCCAGAAACCAUUCCCCUGGUCAUGGAGCCGGAAUCCCGUUUCUACAGCGAUCCAGUCCUUGUCCUAGAUUUCCAGUCUCUGUACCCUACCAUGAUCAUUGCCUACAACUACUGUUUCUCCACGUGCCUGGGGCGAGUCAGCUGCCUGUCAGAGUAAGUAGCUAGGGUCGCUAGCGAGUGGAAUUUUAGUGAAUGAAUUUAAAUUAUUUCCCACGGUGAAAUUCAGUAAGGUGAAAGGAGAGGAAGCACGACUUCCAUCGCAAUUGACAUCAAACUGUUUAUUUUCUUAGCAAUCCAUAGAAAGUAGAACAUACCUCCAGGGUUUACUGUCUAUAAUGAAAGAAAUCUAUUUACUUGACUAAGGCCCGAUUACAUGGAAAAUAGCUGUUCCGGCUAGAAAGGUCACUUGCUUACCCGAGCUAACCGUGGCGAGCCAACUUUUCAUACAUUUCGUUACAAAACGUGGUGAACCGUGUACAUGAGAAACAAAACAUUGGCUCGACUAGAAGGGUGAUGUGAUGUUAUGGUCAUCCUUCUACCCGUCCAACUUUUCUCCGUAUAAACACUUUGCCUCGCCCAGCCGGGUCAACUCAGUCAAGGCGAGGCAAUCAGAGCAUGCGCGAGCGCUGUUUUAGACAAUUAGAGCGUUUGCGACCGCUUUCUUAGACAAUCCGAGCACUGAUUUAGACAAUUAGAACGUGCGCGAGCGCUGUUUUAGACAAUUAGAACAUUCUCGAGCGCUGUUUGCUCGGGCGAAGGGGUCAAUUAGUUUCUCGUAUAAACGCUUAACUCGGCUUGGCGGGGUUUUUUCCAUAUAAACAGGACCUUAGAAUGUUAUUUCAUGACAUUGAUUUCCUGGUUUAUUCUGUAGGUAUGGUGAGUUUAAGUUUGGUGCAACUUCACUGUGUGUUCCACCUAGUCUUCUUAAGGUACGAAGUCGGUUCUAGUUUUUAAACUCCGCGUCUGUCAUCUGUCAAAAGUUAAAUUUGGAAAGUUUCUUAGAGAAUUAUAGUUGUAAACUAUACCAUUCAAUACCAUUUUGCUAGAACGACAUUCCACAUCAUAGGCCGCCGUUGUUCAAUUAGUGGUUGCCCAACUCUAAAUGCUGGAGGAUGUUAAAAUGAAUCAUUUUGUGCCGUAGGGGAGCUUUCGUUUGAAAUAGCGUGGUGGACAUGUCACAAGACGACAUUUCCUUUUUCUCUUUCAUAACAAGCAUGCAGCCCUCGAGCAAUCAAUACCACCACAGAAAGUCUGUAACAAUGAUGUUCGUUCUAACGCUGUUAUUUUAAAAUCAAAACUAUUAUUUUUCACCUUCUUUAGACUUCUAUGUUUUAAUGCAGAAAAAUAGAAACCUUAUGUUGUCUUCUAAAUUUCCAGUUUCCAGGUUUCAGUUUUUGUGACGAACUAGUUGGAUGACCCCUCGAAGUUCACGAAAUAAACGUCAUUGCAUUUGUUUUAUUUCUAGAAACUUGAAGGUGACAUUCAUGUCUCUCCUAACGGCGUCGCCUAUGUCAAACCCAGCGUUAGGAGAGGUAUACUUCCCAGGUAAUUAUUUUUAGCACGAGAAAACAGACGACAUUGCACCACGCCACCACUGGUUUUCCCGCGAAAUGACGUCUGAGCAACGACUGCAGAAAUUCCAUACUGAUGACGUGUUACUACCCAGAUGUGGGCAGUACUUCUGAUUGGUCGUGUCGUGAGAGAAAUUUGCUUCAACCAAUCAGACGCAUUUCCUAGAUCUGGGUAGUGUACGUCUUCUGUACGGAAUUUCUGAAGCAGUUGCUCAGACGCCAUUUCGCUGGGAAAUCAGUGGAGAAGUCGCAAAAUGUCGGCUGUUUCUUCAGGCUAAUUUUUUUAAUGGACGAAAUUUUGCCACUGAGUCGACGUUGAAAGUCAAUUACUCAUCAGUUUUGUUUUUCAACAGCAUGUUAGACGAGAUCCUUCAAACGAGAAUCAUGGUUAAGACAUCAAUGAAAAAGUGGAAAAAUGACAAGGUAUAGACGAUCUAAAGACAAAGUACACAAAGACAAAGUAUACAUGGGAGGGACAUAAAGGGACAAAGUAUACAUGAGCACAGUAGGGAGGUAUAGCUCAGUAACUCUCACGUGAAUUGUUACCCUUUAGGAUUCUGUCCAUAGAUUCAAAGGGCAGUACCCCGUGAAGCUUAAUAAAAAGUACCGUAGGAAAUACUGCUCAGUAGCUUUCAUUUUCAAGUACUCUGUCCACAGUUUGAAAAAGUUAAACCCUUCUUUUACAACGCAAUGACUGAAUAGUACCGCGGACCAAAAGAAUGUUCAAUAGCUUUCACCUUAAUUGUCAAAAUUUAGUAAUAAGGAAUUUAAGCACGGAUUUAAGGCUAAAACCGCCUUGCACAGCAUGAUAAACAACACCACAAGAAAGUACUGUUCGGUAGCUUUUAAUCAAUUUUGAAAUUUAUCUACGGAUUGGGAAUAAGGUUAGAACCACUUUCUACAACGAAUAUACAACACGAUGAGCGAGAAAGUGCAAUAGUAGUCACGCCUUUCGCUCUCAAAAGUGAAGAAGUUCUCUGCUGAAUUUGAAGUAGGUGUUUUCAAAGAUACCUAUUUGUAGACUGUCACUGACUGUCCUCUAUUUUAUUUACCAGUCUCUUGGGCGGAUGUUGGACGCGCGUCAGUUGGGUUUGAAGCUGAUUGCAAAUGUGACAUUUGGAUAUACGUCGGCGCAUUUUUCUGGUAGAAUGCCAUGCGUUGAGGUAGGUAACUUUCUUUUUUUACUAUAACUGAGCACACUGGGAACAAAGACCAAAGUUGUUUGUCGACUUUCGAAAUUCCACUCAAAAACGUAACACACUGUAUAUACACGUUUGACAUAUAAGGCGGAAAAACGUCUAUGACAAAUGAGGACGUUAUUAACCGUGUCGUUAUUAACCAUAAAAGUGAAGCAGCGUGAGACAAAAGAUGAAACAGAGAAUUAACUCUGGAGUGGAAAUUCAAGUGCUACAAAUAACCCACAAACUCAACUGAGCGUUAGCCGCAGUAAAGGGAAUUAGGAAACCAUACGAGGCCAAAAAAAAUCUUUUGACGUCGUUGAUAUUCGAACCCACGACUUUCAGAUAACUGUUGCUAGUUUUGGACUAGACCGACUAAGCUACGAGGCCUGAUCGAAGCAAGUUGUGGGUAAUUAAUGUGUAGGAUCGCACGGAGGAAAGAUAACCAAUGAAGGGUAAAUAUAUCAGGCCUCGUAGCUUGGUAGAGCAACAGUUGAUGUAAUCCACCAAGGUUGAAUGUCGUAGUUUCAAAACCCAACGAAGUCGCAAGACUUUUCUUUGCCUCGUGUGGUCACCUAUUUCUCGUUAUUAACAAUGUCUAGGCAACAUUCUCCCUGAAGCAAAAGAGUAACAUUUCAGUGGGUGAGGUGCACCGGUUUGUGAAAGGUUUCCGGUGUUCCAUGUUAAUGAGUUCUGUGGUCCGGUGUUUCUGUGUUCCAACGUUUCAUGUCUUACUCUACCGGUGUUAUGGUGUUCCGAGUUUCGUUUUUACAUAUUCCGGUAUUCUGGUGCUAUCUGCUCCAGUGUACAUUACUUUCUCUUCUUCAAGUCAUAAUGUUGAAGGAGUGUUUAACUCCGUAGUGGCUGGCAAAUUUGUCAGAUAUUUCCGACCAAGCUGGCGUUCCUCGCGUUUUUUGCCAGAAAGUCCAAACCACUUUUCCUUUUACUUCUGAAAAAAUAUUUCUGCGCAGGAGCGGCCUGCUUCCAAAAAGGUUUUUUUUUUUCAAUAACUGAGCAAUUUCUCGCUCGCUGAUUGGUGGAUGUUCGAUAAGAGUACAGACCAUGGAAAUAACGUGAUGGUGGCAUAAUUGGUUUUUCUCUUUCUCUCGCGCGCGAUUUUCCGUGAAAUCUGAACGGAAAUGGACGUCAAAACUGUCAAUAGAGAGCUUUAGAUUUGAGGACGAGAACAAGUACGAGAUUUAACUUAAAGUUUUUGCGCACGUUCUCCAAAAAAAGACCCCGGAAAGCUUGAUUUAACUUUUUUCACCAAAAAAGUUAGUUCGGUUAUUUAUACUAAAGGAGGUUUAAGCCCUCUCUCGAUAGCAAAAUGAUAAAACAUCUUACAUCUGAUAACUUGUUCACGCCACUGCGCCAUUCUCGCUAAAACUCGUAGUAGAAUGACGACGGCCAUCAUGUUUUCCCGCCAAAAUGACGCUUAAAUGUACCGAGUAUUGCUCACGCGUGAGCAAUACUCGGUACUGAGAAUAUCACGUACUCGUAGGCGUCCUCGUCUUAGAAUCUAAAGCUCUCUAAUGUUAUUGUAAAAAAAAGUCUACAGCAAUUUUCCGUGGUUUGUACUCUUAUCGACCGUAGAAUUAUCGUCAAAAUGUUCAAAACUUUGCAGUAAAACACUUAACUUUUGAAGAUUUCGACUUCAAAUCUAUGGUCGUAUCCAUCAUGGAUGAUUGCUGUCGGUUUGCUAAUUCGCUUCNAAAAGUUAGUUCGGUUAUUUAUACUAAAGGAGGUUUAAGCCCUCUCUCGAUAGCAAAAUGAUAAAACAUCUUACAUCUGAUAACUUGUUCACGCCACUGCGCCAUUCUCGCUAAAACUCGUAGUAGAAUGACGACGGCCAUCAUGUUUUCCCGCCAAAAUGACGCUUAAAUGUACCGAGUAUUGCUCACGCGUGAGCAAUACUCGGUACUGAGAAUAUCACGUACUCGUAGGCGUCCUCGUCUUAGAAUCUAAAGCUCUCUAAUGUUAUUGUAAAAAAAAGUCUACAGCAAUUUUCCGUGGUUUGUACUCUUAUCGACCGUAGAAUUAUCGUCAAAAUGUUCAAAACUUUGCAGUAAAACACUUAACUUUUGAAGAUUUCGACUUCAAAUCUAUGGUCGUAUCCAUCAUGGAUGAUUGCUGUCGGUUUGCUAAUUCUCUUCUCAGAAAAAUUUUGAUUCGUUUUCUGUGUUUUGGCAGUAGCUUUUUUAUUUUUAAAACUAACCUAAUGGUUGCUUUAUCUUGUUUUCAACGAUGUUCUUCUUCGAGGACCAUUGAAAAAGAUGUUGCAUUGAAUUAAUUACGUUGAAAGGGCGCAGCUCAUCGAACUUUUCUCUUUUUUCCACGCCACGUUAGCUUCCCCCUCCUUUUUUUCAGGGGCUUUGUUUUGGCCGGGAACUGUUAGAGUAAAAACACACGUGUAAGAACUUAGUGCGGGUUUAAAAACAUUUUCCAUUUUAAUUUAUUUUUCUGGUGAUCAACAGCUUUAUCUCAUUCAUACGAAACACGAACCUAGUCUAAUACUACUAAGCCUAAAUUGCCAAUAACUACCCAAAAAUACAAGAACCUAUUUUGCUGGACUUGGAAAAAUGUGGGUUCUAACAGGCGCCGGGUUUUUACUUAAGGUUUUUACUGUAUCUGUUUUUCAGCCUUGGUAAAUCACGUGAUGCGUGAGUAAAUCACGUGAAUGAUCAUGCAGUGAAAUCACUUCCCUGCCCUCCCCCGCCCUCCCUACCGGUACUGCCGCUCACACUUAUACUAAAUACUAGUUAAUAUUUUAUCAGAACCUAAGUAUUUGUGAGGAAAUUUGAUAAAAGCACGGCUUUAUACCUUAAUGUUAAAACGAAGGUUUAUCUUUUUGUAGAUUGGUGAUAGUAUAGUGCGAAAGGCACGUGAGACCCUGGAACGAGCCAUUGAUCUCGUGAACAACACUCCGCGCUGGGGCGCGCGAGUCGUGUACGGAGAUACGGACAGGUAACACGCGUGUUCUUGCUAUUUUUUAGCCUCCCACGCGGACGUUCUUAGGGCUUCGAUUGCUUGACGAGCCAAAAGAACGUCUACGUUGGAGGCUAGCUUUUUUACGUUGAGAAACCAAACAAAUGCAAAAUAAAAGUAAUGAUAGUGCAGUACUGUUCAAUGGCUUUCCUAUAGAACCACCCUGUACAGCAGGAAGGUCAAACUUUCGGAUACAAUAGCAGCAAUACCUCAGGAAAAUACUGCUCAGUAGCUGUCAUUUUAUACAUCACACUUUAGGAUACAAUAACAACAUCUCAGGAAAAUAGUAGCUGUCAUGUAUUUCGCUGGUUUCUGUUUUUGGACCAUCCACUUAGUCGAGAGGACACUUGCACCAUUUUGUUUAGCACAAUAUGCCAACAGGCCCCAGCAAAGUUCCCCUCAAUACCUUUAAUGUUAAUCAAUGCCAAGUGAGUUUUUACUUUGAACAGUCGCAAGAAAUUAACAGGAUUAUUUCAGUUAGGUUCUCGUCAAAUCUCUCGAGUACAUGCUGGACAAAAUUCCAAUAAUUUACUAUUUAUUGUGCCUUGCAUUUUGAAGUAAUGUUGAAAAUGGGUAUUGUAUGCUAUUUUUGUAUAGGAAGCAACUUUGAAGGUAAUCCAAGAGUUUGAAUGAUCAUAGAUCUAAAAAAAGGCAUUUUAGCGUGACUUGUUUUUCUCGUAUUGAUCUUGCGAUCACUGUACGAUAAUCGACUCAAGUGGAGUAUUUUAUAAUGCAUAUGUAUUACGAGAUUAAAGGCAUUAUUUAGCAGUAUUGAGUGACUGCUUGAAUGAUAAGUAUGCUAAAAAAGGGAACGCGGAUACCUGAUCAAAAAUUCUGCACGCAACGUUGCAUGUUGUGUAGAAAGUAAGACUAGAUAAUCUCAAGAAGGAUGAUAACGAAAGUCGUCAUUACUUGUUUCAAAUAUAAGUUCUGUAUUGAAUUGCUCCUUGAUUCGAAUGCUAAGCAAAAGGAGAAAAAAUAGUUUAAAUAAAGCUACAGAACAGUUUUGACAGAUCCACGGAAUACUGAUUUUGAAUUUAUUGUUUUUUUCUUAACUCGCAACGUAGGCACGUCAGGGUCAAACCACGUGCAAUACAUGUGCACAUGUACGGUGUAAAAAGACACGGAAUACUGGGCCGGAUCUGCAUAAGCUUCCUAAGCCUCUAAGAGCUUCCUAAGUUCAAGGGGUACGGGAAAAUUCCAUUUGAAAAAUUGGAAAAAAUAGCAAUGGGUUAAGGAGUUAUUGAUGCGGACAGGGUUUACGUUAGGUUUUUUCCCCCCAUUUUCCCUGUUUCCCGUUCCCCGUUCAACGUUCCCCGUUCCCCCUUCCUCCUUUUUGUACCCCCGCUGUAGAAUAGGCCUACCAUCGCAUAGAUGUGGUCAAAAAUAAAUUCAGGUUUAAAUUUUCUUUAAAUCUACGUUGAUUUCAAUUUCCUUUGUCUCCUAUACUAAUUAUUCAUGAAUUAAGGCUAGUAGACAAAGAAAGUUGAGAAUCAACCAAGGUGAAAAAAAUUUAACCUGAAUUUAAUUUUGACCUGUAACAUAAAGAAACAUAGAAAUUUUCUCCCAAGUCACAUCGUAAGAUAUAACUUUAAGUAUAUUGUUGUGAAUCUGUUCCUGAAGCAACUUCUUUUUUUAGUUUGUUUGUGCUGCUUAAGGGCGCAACCAAAGAAGAGGCUUUCAGCAUUGGAAAAGACAUUGUUGACACUGUUACAGCUAUGAACCCUAAACCAGUCAAGCUUAAGUUUGAAAAGGUGUGUCUCAUGCAGAGGUUAAGUAGAAAAAUAACCGAUGAAUCAAUGUUUUAAUAUUUUGUCACCUCUGUGAGCAGUUGCUAACGAUAGUGUAGUAUUGAUUACAUUGAUUGUUCACAGCCACUAUUUUUUUAAACGCAAACUAGAAAUAGCGAGUGAAACGCGCGUGGGGAAGAAGCGCGACUUACCUGUCCAGUUCGCGCGUUCGUGGAAUAAAAACACGAGAAAAAGGAAGGCUGCGAACAGUCUUACUUAAGCCAAUGAGAAGGUGAAGCUACCUUAGUUUGAAAAGAGGGGUUAUUUGCCCAAGAGCAAAAUUUUGGCCUUUUCUUGAGUUCACUUUCCUAGUAGCUAUGCAACUGCAUAGCAACUGUUUCCCAUCCUUAUUGACAUUGGUUGUUGUUUUCCCAGACUUCUGAUUGGCUGGUUAUGAUUUAGUUGUGAUUGGUUAGACUGCUUAGAAGUUGGUUCAACAAUUUUCGGGCUUUCAUGAGUUUCCCGCGCUUUGCGUUUUGCCAUGCAGACUUCUGAUUGGCUGGUUACGCUAUGAUUUUGUUGUGAUUAGUCAUUGGCUAAUCACGUGAUAAGAUUUGAGUUUUAUGACCAUUAUUAGAGAAACAACCUUGUGUGUAAUUUCUGUUUCUCCUUUUUCCAGGUUUACUUACCCUGUGUGCUGCAAACUAAAAAGCGCUAUGUUGGCUAUAUGUACGAAACUCUGGAUCAAAAGGAACCCGUAUUUGAUGCAAAAGGGAUUGAGACUGUACGGAGAGACUCCUGUCCUGCAGUAGCCAAGGUUUGUGUAAUCCAUAGCAAGUGGCCAGUGACCAAACUACUUGUUGCUUAAUCGGGCUAUGGCGGUCACAUUAUUUGUUAUCUUUUUUAAAAAAGCUAAAACGUGUCUUCGCAUCAACUGAAAUGCAAAAAUAAUGGCCCAGUUUUGUUAUUUGAGUCUAUAUUUAGGCACUGAAACCGUUUCCUGCAAGGAUGGGCGUGGAUUGAAAGAUACACCUUUGGAGGUGGCUUUGGAGGUCCAAAGCCAGGGAAAAGCGCCCUGGGGACGAGGUUGUUGAAUGCCAUGCCUGCAAAAAUCACUAAAAAAUUAUUAUGAUUUGUGCAACCUAAUGAACUUUUUAUUCAUAUCGUUCUCAUCACUUUACAGCAGCAUUUUGUGUGGACGUAAUGUCUUAACGGCAAUAUCCUCGUGAUAUUGCCCCUUUAAGAAUGAUUAAGUUUAACCCAGGGUUAAUGCAAACGAAAUUUUCUUUCCAGAAACGUGCAACUGGAGCUCAUAAAAAUAUCGUUGAGCUUAAGACUGCAAAACAGCCCUUUUUGCGUAGCCUAAGAACGCGCGAGCAGUCAAACAGAAAAACUGGAGAGAGGGCGAAAACAAAGGGCGUGUGAAACUCACUGGCGCUCUCAGCAAAAAUCUCUCGCCUACCCUUCGCGCUGUUUAACACCGAUUUUAAGGAAAAAAGCCGAUUGUUUUGCAGUCCAAUUGAUCCUUUACUCCGAGAUCCAGUUAUAAUAACACAAAAUGAUACUCUAAACAAUGUAUAGGGGGUAUUUACAAUCAUGGAUUAAGGUUUUAUUCCAGGAUUAGCGCUGAUCGUUCUUUCAGAAACCGGACUCUAGUUUUAAGAAUCGCUAUAACUAGAUUAUAGAUUUCAACGCACAGAGAAUGGGCUAAAAAGAAUCAAGUGUAGAGGUUGAAAGUGUCUUAAAAUACCAGGUGGAGAUCAUAUCCUUUAAUCAGUGGAAUUAUCCUGUGGUACUAAAUUUUUGCAGGAAUUGAUUUUUGCGGAUGGAGAAUUUUUUGGGAAAAUUUUUGCGAUUGGUGAAGACUGGCUACGGACGUAACAACAAAAACAGAAGUUAUAUUGAAACUCAACUGUUAAUUAUUUUUACAUAAUUUUACCACCCGCAAACAGCUAAGGAAUUAAUCGAGAUGGGAGAAGAAAGACAUAUUUAAUUUCCAUCAUGUUUUGAGAAGAAUGGACGAGACAUUAAUGGCGGCACUUAACAUAAAAAGAUUCGUUCCUUAGUUUAUUCUGUAGUUAGAGAUCAGUCUUAUUUUAGUAAAUUGCCGAUUGAGUGUGCUAAUUGGUGCUAUCUGUAGAAUAGUUAGCUACAGUCUCUGAAAAAAUAGGCUAGGCAGGAAAAGACAACAUUAGCGUGCUACAUGUUGCAUGCCCACAUGGGGAGAUUUUUCUGUUGCUGAGAUGACUGCUUUCUUAGCAACAGUUCGCAGGUGUGUUCUUGACAAUCUGUUGUCGAGGACUUCCCGCAAUGACACCCUAGACCAGUCGUCUUUUGCUUAUUUUGAAUGCGCUCAAGACGGUUGCUAUUAGUAAUUACUCCAUGGUUUUUUUUUUGCAUAUAUUUAUGUUUGCACAGGACCAAAACAUCUGUUCGGUUUUUCGCAAAAAAGAAUUGAAACUACAAAAUUUUGACGUACGAACAGUAAGCAAGUUUUUGUGUUGUAUAUGAAGAGCAGUGUUUUCCUUCUUGUUUGUUAUACUGGCAACUGCAACCAGUUUAUUGCAUUGUCUGUCUAUGAAAGCGACAAUUGUUGCUAUUUUGCACUGUUUUCUAACUACUUUUUCCUGAAUCCUCAGAUUCUAGAAAAAUCGUUGCGGACUUUGUUUGAGACACGUGACCUGUCUUUGGUAAAGAAAUAUGUUCAGCGGCAAUGUUCAAAGCUUAUGGAGGGACGCGCUAGUAUCCAGGACUUCACGUUCGCCAAAGAAUAUCGCGGCAUGAAGAGCUACAAGCCUGGUGCAUGUGUUCCGGCUCUGGAGUUAACGCGGUAAGAAAGAAGACAGAGCAUGGGGAAUUAAUACCAUCCACUACUGUUGCUUAGUUUUUAGGGAGCUUUAGCAACGACAACGAUGACGGCAAGGUGAACGGCAAAAAAGUAAUUGGUUUUAUUAGCAAAAAAACAACUUUGCACGUGCAUCACCCUUUUUUGUACAUUUCUUUGCCCUCGCCGCACGUCUACGACCUGAAAAUGCCUAAUUCCACGUUUUAUGGAGGACGUAAAGAAGCGACGACGAAUUUUUUUUCUCUUUCUUCAAACUUGAGUGUGGUGCCCAAUAAAUCAACUCCAAGGAAAUGCGCCUACAUUUGACAUUUUCAGCAAACUGGAAUAAACGCGACAGAGUCUGAAAUGACGCAACUCAUUUCAAAAGCGACGUUUUCGCUGCCAUCUCCGUCGUCGAUGCUAAAGCUCCCUAUUAUCAUCUUUUCUCAUCGCGCUGUGUGUCGCAUUUAUGGGCCCAAAAACGGCAGCAACAACAACAAGAAAGAGAUCUCUUUAUCUCCAUCCCUCAGAAAGGUUUAAAAAUUAAAAAUAAGGUCAGGACCUGUUCUUUGUCUGUUUUUUCUUCUCCUCAAACCAGUCUUACUUGGUAGAACUUCCAAGGAACUUAGAAUGUCAUCGGCAUAGCUUUUGGUAUCAAUGAGAAACUCAAGGUUCACCACCGCUUCAAAGUGCUGAUCUAACGUGAAGAUAAUGAUCCGUUAUGCCCACUAGCCAGCUUUGAGAAUUUAUCAAACCUUCCUGUACACUAAAAAACAAGAUAUCUUCUUUUCUUAUAAUCCUGGGAGCGAACGAAAGUCAGUGAAAGAGAUUGUGGAUUAUACGCGCGUGAUAAAUUGCGUGCACUCUAAGCGCUGAUCUAAUGAAAGCUACCUAUAACUCCUUGCUUACUCGUUAAUGUGUCCUUGACCAGGGCUACCAGGAGUUAUCAUAAGAUUAUCAUUUCUCUGUUUUGUAUUUUUUUUCGCAGACGCAUGCUCAGAGAAGAUCGCCGAUCAGAACCCAGAGUGGGGGAAAGAGUUCCGUAUGUUGUGGUGUACGGUAGUCCAGGAUUACCUUUAAUUCAGCUAGUGAGGCGGUCAGUUUGCACACCGGUUUCUUUUUUCUUUUGAUUAGCUGAUUUCAACGUACAGCGUAUAAUGCCCAGGGGGUACUCCCUAUAAUGGCCUAUAGGGAGGCCCCGACCGAAAGGGGUACCUUUGUCAGGCUUCAGUUAUAUGGAAGGGUAGGGAUUUCACUAGUCGAAGUGUAUGAAAAAGGUCGGGAAAUCUGUCGUUGCGGUCUGUGAUAGGGGUUACCGGUCGUUCGAUACAGAGUUGUUUUGAGACAACUUUAUUCUUUUCAGGUGUAAAUAGUUGCACGUACUUGGCUUAAAGAACGAAGAUAUUUACCCAAAAUGUUUUUCUUGUUACUUGCAAACUAUGCUUAAAGUGAACAAAAUUUUUGUGCAGUUUCACUUCUUGAGUUUGUAUCGAAACGACGGGUUUCCGUGAUAGGACCUAAAAGGCUAACAGGUACAUUUUAUCGCUGUGUAAAACAGCAAGAAAACUUUCUGGGUUAGCGAUUUAUUCAUAUUUAAAAGACGGUGUAUUUACAGGAGUGAAAAGGGAUGCAGCUGUCUAAACCAGUAUGUGAAAGGGAUACUAUUUGUCAAUGAAGGAUAUGCGAAAAGGCUAUCUUGUCUGUCUAAAGUGGUAUAUAAAAGGGUAAGGGGUUUGAUCUCAGGGCGUAGCCUCUCUCGCACAAAAUUUUGUUGAGUACUCUUCCCCUCCACCCGUAGAGUUGCCAUGUCUUAGUGACUGUUUUUUGUCCACAGACCCCAUGAAGUCCUUCAAGAUCCCGGUCUUCGCUUAAACGCCUCAUAUUACAUUACCAAACAAAUCUUGCCGCCGCUCAAUCGCGUCUUCUCUCUCAUUGGUAUGGACGUAUUUACUUGGUAAGUGAACUCUCUACAUGCGGUCCAAAUCACAUAGCAAUACAAAUCUGUCUUGUUGUCACGUAACCAGGCCGAAGUUUCCGACGCUUGGCUAUCUUACAGUUGAACUACUCCACAACGGCCACCUUGGGGACAGAAUAAAGUGGCCGUUGUAGAGAGGUUUAAACGAGAGUCAAUGUAUAAACUGUCCGCCAAAAAAGUGGCCGUUGUAGAGAGGUGGCCUUUGCGGAGAGAUGACCAUUAGCGGAGGUUCGACUGUAUUUUAUGAGCUAGCUAAUGCUCAGCACGCGUCUCGCGUUUCUUGCAUAAACUUGUCACAAUGGGGGACAAAAGUCCUUGAGACAGUGAUGCAAUACUCCCUUAUUGUCCGAAUUUUCAGCAUGACUUCAAAACGCAGUGCGGCUGUUUUAGAAAUGAGUUGCAGCUCCCCCUUCUCCACCCACUACAAUGUAGCCUGUUCCAAGCGUUCAGAUGUUGGAGUGCGGCACGAAGUCAGAGAGCGGGGGAAAAAUAGAGAGGGAGAGGGAGCCAGGAAGAUCUUGCUGUUCGUUUUUCCUGCUCACAUCUUUUUGCGCCGUCCCCACAAUCUUAACGCCUGGAACAGGCUAAAUAGAAUUUUCAAACUCAGGAAAAAUUGCGGAAGCAUUGCGGAAUCUUAAGCAAAUCAUCGUUUUUGAACGACGAACGUCAACCUGUAGUGCACGUAAUACAUUCUUGGACUGUGGUUUUGCCCAAACGUUCAAGCAAAUCGUCUCUAUACCAGUAAAGACACUUAGCAAUACAAAUUUGGUUUCGUCGCUGAAAAACGACUUUGCUAAAGCCCCCUAUUGUAUGUAGGGUGGGGGAGGGGCUGGGGCUGGGAAUGUGUAGUGUCAUUUACGUGAGAUUGAUUGUGUCGCGUGCGUAAAAACCGCCACAACUACAAAUGUGCCCCACGUAGCAAAUUAGAAUAACCGAUUAAUAUUUGAGCCGUGGUUUUUGUAAUAUAGUCAACUCUUUUUUUUAAAAAAAAUCGAUACCUCCUUAUCUGAAUGGACACCCACCCAGUCUUGACUCCCCAUAAGGCAAACCCCUCUGUUAGUCGCCCACUUAGUGCUGGUACCAGAGGUAUCGACGUAAAAAACGGCGGCUACUGAAUUUCGUGAUCAUAAACAACGAAACUUCAGCGCUUUCCGCUCGCCGUAUACGCUUACAACUAGAUCAUAAAUGACCUUACGUCGUUCAAAUAAAUUUCAAGGUGAGAAAAUCAACCGCGCGCUUAAUGAUAGCAUUAUACUGAUCUGUUUGGUUUACUGUUUUGCAGGUAUGCAGAGCUCCCUCGUGUUGUUCGUGUAGCACAGCUGCCUUCAGUCUUGGGAGACAAGAAAAAGGUUUCUGAAUACUUUUUUGUAUUUCUUGUUUCUCGUUGAUUUGAGGCGUAACUGAGAAUGUAAGGUCUUGUCAUACUUAUAUCCUUGUCUCGAUAGGGAACUAUUUCUCAGUACUUUUCUACCAUGACGUGUCCCGUCUGCCAGGAAUUAACUCCUACGGAUAUCUGUAGUAAAUGUCGAGCCCAACCUCAGAUGUCAGCUGUUACUCUCAUGAACCGAAUGCGCGGAUGGGAACGGACUCACCAGCACUUGUCAGAGGUAAGCUAUGACGUCAUGCGGGUAACAUUUAACCUAUGUGACUUGUAACAACCUCUCCUUUACUUUGCAGAUCUGUUACAGCUGCAGUGGGUCACGUGAUAGCAAGUUGUGCUGUGUGUCUCUGGACUGCCCUGUUUUUUACAAGCUCGUACAGUGCACACGUGACCUCAAGUCAUCCCAGCACCUAAGAAAGAUUCUGGAAAGCUUUUAACACAGUGAAAUGAUAUAAGUGGUAAAUAGUAUGACCGAUGUAGUUUUCGAGCUGUCUCUAGUAACCUUAUAGGGAACAUUAACCAGCCACCUAUGCUAUGCAGGAAGAGAAAUUACAAAAUUUCGCCUUGAAUGGAAAAAUAUUAAAGAAUAGUGACAGAUAUAGUAUUAACACAUUGCAGAUCUGAUAUGAGCCAAAGAAAUUGGCUACGGUAAAAUACGGCUGCCAAUUUUUUUAUGAGUUUUCUAUAUAUUUGAGAAGACUAUUCAAAACACCAAGGAAAAAUAGGAAAUAACUGAGGGCCUGGUUGUCUGAAGCCUGGUGAGCUCCAAUCCAAGCCUGCAAAUGCAGCAGCCGUCUUGCGAACCUACGGUCUCUCAGGGUCACGUGAUGACGGAAACGCAUUGAGGGUUCUUUGUCAGUCUCAUUCUUCGUCGACGCACCGCGAAACGUCCCUAGCGCUUGGGGGAGCGAUGAGAGGUGGCUUUAUUCGUAGGCUUUUCUAAUCCUGGGUUAAAGGGGUUGUGUCACGGCUGGCUAGUUCGUUUUGUUGAUCAGUAAUACUAAUUAUCCGUCCUUAUUCGCUACAAAUGGCAAGAUCACAGCUUUUUGUCAAACAAAUAUAUCUCCCUGGUAUUAUAUCAAACGUUACAAACAACAGAAAUACAUUUUGAAAAACUGUUAGGCUAGCAAGUUUUCAAAAACUACAAUUGUAAUCCGUUUCAAUCUUGUUCAGAUUUGUCCAUCCGUGUCUCCUUUUUUAUUUGCUAUGUUUUUUGUACCUUCUUUUCAUGUUUGAACUCAAUCUGGCGGCCGUUUCAACGGUCUGAGUUUAGAUAAAUUUUGUCACAUAGCUCAUUUAAUUGUAACCAGCGCAUACGAGUAGUUAUGGUAGCUACUUCUGGAUGUCCCCUAAUCGCCUUCGGUCAAGGUCUAUUGUGUAAGCAGUGUUUUAAAACAAAGUAAUGAAUAUUUAUAUCUAUUAAUAUUUAUUAUGAGAGGAAUAAAG